GUUGGAAACCAAACAACUUGCCAGUACGAGGAGGAGUCCUGUUCUCAUUAGGCUGAGGAGAUGGAUAACUUCUUGUCUCCCAUUACCCACCGCCCGUCACUAUCAUACCCGCUCAAUGCUAUAAACCCUGACGCUGGGACUGGGCCCUACCUUGACCGCCCGCGAUACUUCCAGCAGGUGUCAAGCUGGGGCAAUACUGCCUAUAAUGGGUUUGCUCGCCGCAAGCCUGGUCCUUGGAUAACAAAGCUCUUCCGGCCACGGAAUCACGACAUCACAACGUUGUGCACAGGCUCCUGUAUGCCAUGUGUUAUUUACGGCAAGACUCAAUACCGGCUCAAGCAGAUGGCCGAAGGGGAGGACCCUCUGGAUUUGUCACGGCGACACAUUUGCAAUGGGCCGUGUUGGAUGUUUGGGAUGAUAAUGUGUUGCGUCGGAUUUGAUUGUGAGUAUCCUGUCUGAGCGGCUGCCUUUGGAAGUACUGAUGGCAUCGUCAGGGUUUAUAGUGAUGUUACAGCACUCUCGCAUCCGAGCUACAUAUAAUAUCGAUGGUACGGCUGGUGGGGACUGUGUCCAAUCUUUUUUUU